GGCGUCCCUCGGUGUAACGCCUUGUGAGUAACCAACACUUCAAUAUCUCUAAGAUGUGUAAACUGAUAUGAGGCAGUCGCCAUGAUGUCUCGGCCAGUAGCGGGGAUAAGGAACAAAUCUGUCAUCAUUACCCUGCCAGGGUCACCUAAAGGCGCAAAAGAGAACUUGCAGGCUGUGCUCAAGACGUUGCCUCAUGCAUGUCUCCAGGCUGCUGGCAUGGAUUCUAGAGUUAUGCAUGCCGGCGGCGUCAAGAAGCUCGAGGCCGAUGCUGGGAUCAAGUCCGGACAAACCCCUGGCGGAUCUCACUCCCGCUCCCACGAUCACAACCAUGAUCAUGGCCACUCCCACGGCCACGGGGGUCUCGUAAGGCAUACAGCACCUGGUGCGAACCCCAUGUCGAACGACCCAAGUCUGGGGCCGAGCAGGAGGAAUCGGGAGUCGCCAUACCCGAUGCUUUCGGUCGACGACGCUCUCGCACAAAUUCAAGAGCAUACCCCUGAUCCAGAAUUAACCACCUCCAAAGUCGAUAGGAGCCUUCCCGGAUCCGUCCUAGCCGAGGAUGUGAAAGCCAAGGCAAACGUACCGGCUUUCCGAGCCAGUAUUGUCGACGGAUAUGCCGUUGUGGUGCCCAAGGAUGGCAACAUGAAGGGUGUCUUCCCUGUGGUCUCAGUGUCUCACGCCGCACCUGGAGAAGCAAAGGCUUUAAAGGAAGGCGAGAUCGCUAGAAUCACAACCGGUGCGCCACUGCCGCUGGGCGCUACCUCGGUCAUCAUGGUCGAAGACACGGUGUUAAAGACAAUGACCGACGACGGAAAGGAGGAGAAAGAGGUUGAGAUUCUGGCUGAAAAUGUCAAGGACGGGGAGAACAUCCGCGAAGUUGGGAGCGAUAUCAAGGCUGACACUCAGAUCCUCAGCAAAGGAGAGAAUAUCUCAGCCGUUGGAGGCGAAAUCGGUCUUCUCGCAGCAGUGGGCGUGGGCGAAGUGAAAACCUACCGCCGCCCCGUUAUCGGCGUUUUAUCCACGGGAGACGAGAUCGUCGAGCACGACCGACCGGGUGACCUGCGACUCGGCGAGGUCCGCGACACCAAUCGCAUAACCCUCAUGUCGGCAGCGAAGGAAUGGGGCUACGACGUCGUGGACCUGGGCAUCGCAGCAGACAAGCCGGGAAGCCUGGAGGAGACCCUCAGGGACGCCCUGCGCAAAGUGGAUCUUAUCAUCACUACGGGAGGCGUCUCCAUGGGCGAGCUCGACCUCCUGAAACCGACCAUCGAGAGAUCCCUCGGCGGCACCAUCCACUUCGGCCGCGUGGCCAUGAAGCCCGGCAAGCCUACUACCUUCGCCACCGUGCCCGUCAAGAAUAACGCCGGCGAGCGCGUUUCUAAGGUCAUCUUCUCGCUCCCUGGCAACCCGGCCUCGGCCGUCGUCACGUUCCACCUGUUCGUGCUGCCUUCGUUGCACAAGAUGAGCGGUGUUUCUCCCGUGGGGCUGACGAAGGUCUCGGUUGUGCUGGCGCACGAUUUCAGUCUGGAUAAGAUCAGACCAGAGUAUCAUCGUGCUAUUGUUUCCGUGACCAGGGAUGGGAGGCUCGAAGCGGCGAGUACGGGCGGGCAGCGCAGUUCAAAAGUGGGGAGUUUGAAGGGGGCAAAUGCUUUGUUGUGUAUGCCGCCCGGGACGGGACCGUUGAGGGAGGGGGAGAGGGUUGAUGCGCUGCUGAUGGGUGGGGUGAGGAGUCUGGGGUAAUGAUCAGCAGAGACUAUGCCGAACUGCUAUGGGGUGCCAGCAAUAUGCGGUUCAAUGCAAGCCUUGUGAGAGAUGCGAAAUUAAUUAGUGACUUGUCUUCGUAUCCGAGUCAUAAUAUCAUCAACUGAUUCCCAAGUCCCCAGUAAACUUGCAUUUCAACUUAACAUGGCACUCAGUUCAGUUACUCAUUACCAAGCUUCAUUCAGGGUUAUCUCCCAACUAGAAACACAAUUCGCCAUGAGGUUUUGAACUGACCCUGGCAAGGCCCAAUCUCGGAAAAGACCAGC